GAACAGUAAACUAUUUUUCGUACGUCAUGCUGAUCAGCUGUUGUAGUUAAAUAUACGAGUAAUAUUUUAGAAGUAAGAUUUAUUUGCCGGCUAGUUGAUUUAGUUCUAAUAAAAAAAUGUUUAUUGUUGGUUUGACUGGUGGUAUAGGCACAGGGAAAAGUACGGUAGCAGAAGUAUUUAGAGAGUAUGGAAUUCCAGUGUUAGAUGCCGAUGUUAUGGCACGAAAAGUGGUGGAACCAGGAAAAAAAGCUUGGCAUAAAAUAAAAAAAGAAUUUGGGGAUGAAGUGUUCACUGCCGAUGGCUCGUUGAACAGAGAAGCCCUCGGGGAAUUAAUCUUCAAAGACGUGGAAAAGCGGAGAAAGCUGAAUGCAAUAACUCACCCCGAGAUAUACAACGAGCUGUUCUGGGCAGCAGUGAAAUGCUUUUUCCAAGGACACCAGUUCAUAGUAAUGGACCUGCCAUUGCUGUUCGAGUCGGGCAGUAUGUUGGACUACUUGCACAAGAUAAUUGUCGUAACUUGCGAGGUAGACCUCCAGCUGCAGCGGCUGAUGGACCGCAACUCCAUGUCGGAGUCCCGCGCUAAGCUGCGCAUCGCCGCGCAGAUGCCGCUCGAGACCAAGUGCGAGCGGGCGCACUUCGUGGUGGAGAACUCCGGGACGGUGGACGACACCCGGCAGCAGGUGGUGAGGAUAAUAUCGCUGCUGCGCUCCUCCCGGGCCCACUGGAAGCUGCGGGCUCUCUCCGGCCUGUGCUGCGCGGGUCUCGCAUGCGCGCUGGUCUUCCUGGGCGUGCGUCUCCACCAGUGGCGUCAGACGCAGCUGUCCCAGUGGUAGUGCGGGAGCUAGUGCGAGGCCACGACUUCUCGUCCGUCUGCCUAGUGGUGGUCGCAAACACACAAACAAAAAUACUGCAGUUGCAAAUAGCUGGGUUGGUGUUUUUACGUAAGAAAGAAAGCUCUCGCUUACUAGACUAAUUGUAUCAAGAGUUCUGCUUCGUUAACGCCUUUAGCGAGGUGUACAUCUUUCUAGCAGAAUGGUUUUCAUUCAUUUGUCUGUGUUUACUUCCUGCACUGACGAUGCAACAAACUGAUCUUCAUCAAAGUUAUCCUUACAUGUAAAAAAAAAGUGAUUUGGGUUUUGUGUGUACAUUUUUUUAAAUUACAUACUUUAUGGCUUAAAUUACAUACUUUAUGUGUUUACUUCCUGCACUGACAAUGCAACAAACUGAUCUUCAUCAAAGUAUCCUUACUUGUAAAAAAAAAAAGUGAUUUGGGUUUGUGUUUACAUUUUUUUAAAAUUACAUACUUUAUGGCAAUGUUUAGACCACAGUGAGUGGGCAGACUGAUCGUUGCUUGGUUUUUAGGUAAUAUAUUGUAUUAGCAGCGGUGCACUUGGCUUGUCGGGACUCUCAAGGAAGAAGUAUGUUUGCCUGCAUGUGUAAAUGCAUACAUCCUGCAAGGUGUGGCAAGGAAAAUAGCUUUGUGAAUUAGUACAGUAGUCAAAUGGAGUAAUGAAUGGGUCAGAAAAAAAAAAUUUAUUUAGCUUUAUUGUCUCACUAAGAUUGUUACAGAAAUGAUAUGUCACCAGAUAUGUAGAGAAAGAGUUAAAAAUCUGUGUAAUUUUCAUUUGGAUAGAAUUAGUCUCAUACUUAACAGUUCAGAAACCUACUAAGAAGCCAAAGAAAAUUUGCUACUGUAGAUAUUUUAUUUACCAGGCAUCCUCUUGCUUAUGUCUCUUGAAAAUAUCGCUGUCAUGAAAGAAAUUGUUCAUGAAUCAUGGUCUAAAAAAAACAUGGGUUUAAUAUUUGCAUACUGUAACUCAAAACAACAGAAACUAAACUACCAGGGUUCCCACAAUCUUUCUUCACCCAGUUUCCAUGAGUUUCCCUACUCUCCCUAAAAGUUUUUUCUAUCUUAUCAAUCUGACAACAUAACAGAUGUAUUACAAGACUAAUUAUUAUCAAAACACAUUUAAAUAAACAUACUUAAACAUGUAUAAUUUACUACAAAGUGUUUUCUUGCACAAAAUAUAUAGUUUCCUGCACAAGUACACUGUUCUCAUUUCCAUCAACCAGCACUGCCAGUCUGAAAAAGAAGAAAAAAUUAUUUGUUUUUUCAAACUUGAAACAUUACGUCACUAUUGUGAUCUGCCCAAAGAGUAUGGAUGUUUGAUAGUUAGGGAAAAGAUUUUAUGGUCUUUAUUUCUAAGACAAUUUUGUUUUUAAAACAGGAGCUUUCGGUGUUACUGUUUUUAUUUUUAUGUAUUGUCUUUGUUCAGUUUAAAAAAAUGUAUUAUUCAACAAAUGGAAAACUGAAAUAUUUUUUAAAUGCUUACUUCCCCAUAAUAGUCUCAUUUUAAUUGACACCUGAUGCACUUGUACAGUAAAAUCAUUAGUAAUGAGCAAGUCUAGAAUAGAACUAAGAAAAAUAAAAAAUUAAUUGGAAAUUAGUGUGUGUUUGAAACGUGCACCAUCAUUAAUGUAGAAAUGUAGUUUCUAAUGUAAGACAUAAGAUCAAUAUUAUUAUAAUUUUUUUUUUCCAAUCCAUUUACAUCAUCCAUUUUAGUACAAAAUUCAUACUAAAAAAAAUUGCAUUUAAUGAUUUUACAGUAUAUUUUUGUAAUUUGAGUUAGGUUUUGUCAAAAGGCUGAUUGAUUUCAUGUUUUUAGUUAAAUAGAUGGUGUAAGGAUUUUCAUUACUGUGUUAUAUCUUGUAUUGACAUGAUUUGUGAUGUUGUUUUAGUUUUAUCACAAAUCUUGCCCCUAUUAGUGUGCUUCCAACAACUAUCCUCUACGUUGAAUUAAUGUUAGUAAAACGUCAAAAAUACUGAUAAUUAAUUGCACACAAUUUUUUAUUUAAGAUUCAGCAUAGUAUGUGUAUAAUAUUGAUACAAUUUUGUACAUUUCCCUUUGUUCCCAAGGUUUUUGAGAUACCUUUUAACGUAAAUUUCCCGAGUUUUCCCUGUUUGCAAGAACCCUGAUCUACUGAAGCUGUACUGCAUAUUGUGGCUAAAAAAUUUGAAAAUCCCUAGUUUGUGGACUAAUGGUACUGAGAAAUAUUGUUACAGUCGGUGGAAAAUCGCAUCAGUAGAUUAUUGGGAUUUAACAUGACAGAAGUCUAUUCCAUGCAGGAAGCGUGUGUUAGUUCGUCAAGCUCGUGAGGCUUGUAACAAACAAUCAUGAAGACUGUGGAGCUCUAUCUCGGGGCUUGAAGUCCCAUUGGACAACUAGAAUGAUUCCCUUCGUAAACACAGAGCAGAGACCUACUUACAUUAUCUGUGAUGGCGAAUACAAACACAAGAUGACAGCACACCAAAGGGACUCGUGGUUUAGGCAACAUAGUUCAUUCUUUUUGUCAUAUUUAACUGUGGGUGGUAUCCAAAUAAAAAAGUAAGUAGAAGAGAUAGUUGUCAGUAUGGCACGCUUUUGAACAGUGGCAUUUUUUGUGCUCUCUCUAUGCACUCAAAAUUGCUAGUUGAAAUCUAUGAAUCUUAAUAUGGGAUUAAUGCUUGAAACAAAAAAUGUCACAGACAAGAAUUAUGAAUGCUAUUUUCCACUGCCUUUGGUUAUAUCUGAAUAUUGUAAUUAUCGUUGAAUGAAAAUUGAUGUAUUGAUUGCAUCCUUUGCUUCAAAUUACAAUAAAGAAUGUUUAGUUAUUGAGGUA